AACAUUUGGUUCCCCGUGUUACUCUGAAAGGAUUCAAUUCUGUGUUGUGCCGUGGCUUUGUGUAUUUUGCCGUGAGUGAAAUUGUGUAGUGCCGUGGAAAUUUGUUAUUUUGCCGUAAAAAAUUGCGUAGUGCCGCAAAGAUUGGUUAUUUUGCCGUGAAAUAUUGUGUAGUGUAGUGCCGUGACAAUUGGUCGUUUGGCCGUGAAUAUUUUUUGUAGUGCCGUGUGAUUUUGAUUUGCCGUGACAGUUAUGGGCCACCGCAUGGGCCACGUACCGUAGUUCAUAAAGUAUGACAUGAACCUGAAGUGUCAACCCAGACCAGAGACCKCAAAAACUUCAAGAACUUCGCGAUACGUACAAAUCCGUGUCUUGAUUGGCUGAUUGCUCAAGUUGUUGCAAGAAUGUGGAUGAAAGCAGCACAGGAUUACCGGAAACACAAACUGGUGUUCACAUGUUUUGGAUGCUCGUGUAUAGCGAUUCCUGUUUUAAUCCAUCGUGGUWUACAUGGAAAAUACGGAAUAGGGUUUCAUGGACUUAGCAUUUUAUUUUUAGGAUUGCUUCCUUUCAUUGCUUUAUGGAUUGCACUUAGACAUCUAAAAACAAAGCGUUUGUGGCUUUCGUCAUUAACAGUAGCUACAUUGCUUUCGRCMUGUUUGGUUAUAUAUUAUCUUUCAAGUAACGGCCUUUGGUGCGCACAGCAUCCAAACGUGASGCGUGAAAUGUGCUCCAAACUUGUCCAGUUUGCGUCGUUUGCGGYGUCAUCGAACGUSACAUYAUGGUGGUUAACCAKGGGUGAYCUUUUAGCUAUCCAACGAGGCCGUCAAAUGCCAAUUCCCUGGGAGCACGAUAUUGAUGUUUGCAUUACACCUGAACAGUUUCCAAUGUUUGAAAAAGCUCUCAGGUCAAAUUUCGGCCUUUUCUAUCCGGAGGCAGAAAUCCUCGGGCCUGGGCACUGGUAUCUACCCAUCGACAUGGCAARGCUGGGGCUUUCAAGUAGAGACGCAGAAGGCGUAAACAUCGACAUCUGGACUUGUCCGCAAUUGCCUGGAAAUAUAACGCGCKUGCUUUAUUGUAAUGGCUUAAUGAAUGUUCCAGGGUCUUUGAACGAUCGAAAUGMGAUAUUGAAAAAAAGUUAUGGAGACUACUCUGUAAUCAAAUACGCACACCACAAUACAAUGUGCAGAAUUUGGAAUAGUUGGUAAUACAGAAUGUAUUUCAGUCCUCUAGCUUAUUCUUGCCUUUCACCUAGCGUCAUAAAAAAUAAAAUACAAACUAUCCACUCCACAAAACUGUUUGUCGAAAAUUUUUGUUAAUUUUUUCACACGGUUAAACAUGGCAAAGUAAUAUUGAUUUUUUAAGUGCGGGUAGUACCCAUUUCUCCUUACAGACCUGUUGAAACGAUCAAUAAUGAGUGUCCGUUGUGACUAUUGCUAUGCACAAAUACGUUGUUUAUGACACAUUAAAACAGACAGUACAUUAA